AUGGGAGUCAGGACGUAUAAAUUGUUAAAGGACUUAAUCACACCUGAUAAACCUUCGUCCAAGACGUACGAGGAAACUGUAGACACGGUCGGUAAACAUUUACACCCGAAACCGUCGUUUAUUACAGAACGUUUUAAAUUCAGCCGCAGACAUCAGUUAGAACACGAAACAGUGAGUGAUUAUAUCGUACAACUUAAGCAGCUAUCGCAACAUUGUGAGUUUGGGGACAAGCUUCCAGACCAUCUACGCGACAGACUGGUAUCAGGCCUCAAGAACCACCACAUCCAGAGACGACUGCUGGGGGAGGAUAACCUGACCUACGACAAGGCAGUACAGCUGGCAACGUCAAUGGAGUUCGCCGAGAAAGGAGCAGCCCAGAUGACGCUUAAUCCAGGAGGACGACUUCAGCGCCUCAGCCAGACGACAAGGACAGCACCAAGCGGAAGCGGGGGAAAAUUCGCAGCCAACAGAGGUUCGGCAACGUCACAGCCCCGGGAGUGCAACUGCUGUGGAAAGAACAAUCACAAUACUCUGCAAUGUCGGUAUCGUUGGCAAUAUGCAAAAUCAGGCGAUAUUUCUAAUAAAACAGCUCAUGGCUAUUUCCCGUGA